UCCUCUUAACUCGAAUACUUUCUCAGACUUUUCGUUUUGGUGAAAUCGCCACCAUAUCCUCUGAUAUUGUUUGAGAAACCAUGUCUGUACUGGAAACGGUGAUCAACACCUCCUUCUCACCGCAUUCCAACACAUGUCUUCACUCGGUCUCUCUCCACGGAAUCUGCAUCGCUUGCAACUCGAUCGUCGACGAACUCGACCUCUACCGUAGACCGUUCGAUUAUCUUUCUCCCGGUUUGCACCUAACCCACAACGCCGUAGCGUUAACCAAACGCCUCCAAACAUUAUCAUCUUCCCUCGGCGAGCAGAAACUCCACUUGGUCCUCGACUUGGACCACACGCUUCUCCACGCGGAAAACGUUUACGGUCUCACCGAAGCAGAGAGGUAUCUAAUCGGAGAGGCGGGUUCUAGGGACGAUCUGUGGAAGUUGAAAUCAAGUGACUUCUUGGUAAAGCUAAGGCCUCUCCUUAGAGAUUUCUUGAGAGAAGCCAACAAGAUGUUCACCAUGCACGUUUACACGAUGGGUACUCGCUCCUACGCCGAAGCCAUCUUGGAGCUGAUCGAUCCGGAUCGAUUCUAUUUCGGUAAAAGAGUGAUAACAAGAGACGAGAGUCCUUGUACGAAGACCCUUGAUUUGGUUUUGGCGGAUGAGCGUGGAGUGAUGAUUGUGGAUGAUACACGUGAUGUAUGGCCUGAUCACAAGAGUAAUUUGAUUGUAAUUAGCAGAUACAAGUACUUCAGAAUGAAGAGAAGCCAACACUCGAAGCCAUACUCUGAGGAGAAGACUGACGAAAGUGAAAGCAAGAGUGGAUUGGUUGAUGUUUUUAAAAUACUAAAGGAAGUUCACCGUAGAUUCUUUAAGGUUAGAGAAGAGUUGGAGUCAAAGGACGUGAGGCUGCUGUUACAAGAGAUAGCAUUCAAUCAAACCAUGUCCCUUGUUGAGAAUAUUUCUCUUGAACCGAGAGCCAAAAGACAAAGAAUCGAACCCGUGAUCAACACGUCUUCUUACUUGCCGUCUUCUCGUAGAUGUCGUCACUGGUUUGUCCGUUACGGAAUCUGCACCACAUGCAAAUCAACAGUUGACAUAUCUCAAAGCAGAGCUUUCGAUUAUCUUUCCCAUGGUUUACAGCUAAGCCACGAGGCUGUAGCGGUGACUAAACACCUUACCACACUAGUCUCUUGUUCCAACGAGAAAAAACUCCACUUGGUCCUUGACUUGGACCACACGCUUCUCCACACCACUCGUAUUCCACGUCUCACCCAAGCAGAGAAGUAUCUAAUCGAAGAAGCGGGUUCGAAUACAAGAGACGAUCUGUACAAGUGGAAAGCCCCAGGUGAUCCCAUGGUGUUCUUGACAAAGCUAAGGCCUUAUGUUCGCGAGUUCUUGAAAGAAGCUAAUGAGAUGUUCACAAUGUAUGCUUACACAAUGGGUAACCGCGACUACUCUAAAUUCAUCUUGGACGUGAUUGAUCCGAAGCAAAUCUUUUUCGGGGAAAGAGUGAUAACAAGAGAUGAGAGUCCGUACAUGAAAACGCUUGAUUUAGUUUUGGCUCAUGAGCGUGGAGUGGUGAUAGUGGAUGAUACACGUGAUGUAUGGCCUGAUCACAAGCGUAACUUGAUUGAAAUUAGCAGAUACAAGUAUUUUAGAAUGAACAACAGCCGACACUCAAAGCCAUUCUCUGAGGAGAAGACAGACGAAAGUGAAAACAACGGUGGAUUGGCCAAUGUUUUGAAGUUACUUAAAGAAGUUCACUGUGAGUUCUUCAGAGUCGCCAAUGAAAAAGAGUUGGAGUCAAAAGAUGUGAGGCUGCUGCUACAAGAGAUAGAAUUUAAUCAUGUCAACAAAGAAUCUUUUUAUUCGGUAAAAACUUUGUAUAAGCAUUGCAAGUCUGUUCAAGUGUAGAAACUUCAUUUAAGUGUUGUCAGUUUGUGAUCUCAUCCAUAUGUAAGAAGUAUUGAUUAUCUUUGCAAAGUUAUUUUGAGUACAAAACCUUUAUAGCAUAUUCCAUACGAGGUGUUUUAAUAUAUUUCGUUCACAUUAAUCUAAUAGUA